CAAAGACACCUACCUACAAAUCUGGACUUCCAACAGUGGCUCUUCCUAGAGUGAAGGGUGAUACAGCCCAUCCACUGGUACUGUUACCCUUUUGACCUGGUAUGCAUGCAAUUGAACUAUCCCCCUUGACAAGUCGAUUACCAUUGUGGAUAGAUAUCUUUGCCAUGCUGUGUGGUUGUUACCUCUUACCAUGUUCCACUGUUUGGCUUUCCCUUGUUUUUUCCUUUUAUUAUUUCGCACCAAGACUCCCCCCUUCCUAUUGUGAUUAUUUUCCCUCCACAACCCCCCUUAACCACCACUUUCUGCCAAGGUGAUGCACACACACCAUGCACACUAAGCCUUUGCCUCUUCCGCUUAUGCCCUAUUUCUAGCCCAUGAUCACUUCUCUAUCUUCCGGAAGAG